GAAGGCUCCUAGCCUCAAGAAAGGAAAUGGCUGCUGGAGUGAUCAGAAAUUUAUGUGACUUUAGGCUUCAGGCUGCCUUCCAUCAACCAUUCUUACCUACUUCUGGCCACCGAGAUCCAGAUUUCCCUGAAACCUCUGAGGAGGAGGAGGAAGAUGGCGAAGAGGAGGAGGAAGGGGAAAAGCCUGGAGACAACCUGGAGCUGGCAGGCAGUAGUCCAGGAUGCCAGCGGUCGGACCCGAACCUGGUGACGGGUCCCACCAGGUCAAGCCCAAGUAGCGCUGAGAUGACUUUGCAACUCCUCCGCUUCUCUGAGCUCAUCAGUUGUGACAUCCAGAAGUACUUUGGCCAGAAGACAAAAGAUGAUGACCCAGACGCCUGCAACAUUUACGAGGAUUGCCCCCCACCUGGUAAAUCUGCAAGGGAGCUCUACUAUGCAGAUUUGAUGCAAAUCGUCCAGAGUGGGGACCCGGAGGAUGAGGACACUGACGUGGCAGGUCUCCCUAAGGGCUUAGAUUGCCAGGCCAGGUUCGGCUCCAGCAGAGACAGGUCUCAAAAGCUGGGGCCUCUGGUUGAGCUCUUUGAAUACGGUCUCUGUCAGUAUGCUAGGCAGAGGGUGUCUGACAGUAGGAGGCUGCGGCUUGAAAAGAAGUAUGGCCACAUCACCCCCAUGCACAAAAGGAAGCUGCCACAGUCCUUCUGGAAGGAGCCGGCGCCCAGCCCCUUAUGUCUGCUCAACACCAGCACGCCUGACUUUAGUGACCUGCUUGCCAACUGGACGUCAGAUGUGGCCCAGGAGCUCCACAGCGUGGGAGGCCGGGAGCCGGACAGACAUGCCCUGGAGAUGGGUCAGUUAGGGGAGGUGUAAGCCAGCGUUCUCAGAGCGGCUUUGCCCUCUCACCGAGAUGGAACCGGAAAGGGGGGCUGGGUUUCCCUCCUGGGCCAGGCACUGAAACCACCUCGUCCAGUGGUGGGAUGAAGUAGGAUAUCCUGCCCUGAGCUCUCCUAUUACCAUCAUCUCCCAUCCUCAUUAAGAGAGAGUCCCGAACGCCGAGGGGUUGGGUGUCCUACUGCCAGGAAGCUAUACCCAUACAUAUGCACACACGUGUGUGUAUGUAUAUAUACGUGUACAUAUACACAUAUACACCAAGAGACGGAGAGCUGAUUCUCCCUGCCGCCUGGCUCUCACCCAUUAGCUUAGCCAGCACCAUUUCCCCACACCAGUCAGGUCACCACAGCAGGGAUCCCUCUAGCCCCUCUGUGGGGGCAGUCAUAUCCCCCACGUUCACCUUCCCCACAAUGAAGGAACUUCCUGGCUUUAGGAUCUUUAGGAACCAGGACUGACAAGUUUCUGGACAUCUUAAAGUGCUAACUCAAGCUUUUUUAAGUGUUUCUCCCAAUAGCAUGAAACAAGGCAGGGGUGAUACUGAAUGGGGGGGGGGGGAGAUGGCACUGGACCAAGCUGGCAGGAAGCAAACCUUUGGAUGAACUACAAGUGCUCUCCCAGGGAGGCAGGAAGAAAAGGGUGAUGUGUUGAUUAAAUGAACAAACACUGUCUAUUUACUCAUGAGAUAACAGCUGGAGAAUCCCCUCCCCUGUGUUCUCUGCAGGGUUUAAAGGGCAUCUUACAGAAUCCUGGGAAUAUAGGGGCUCUCUGGGGUCCCUUGUACUUUCGACUGAGCAGAUUUCUCAGUUCUGUCUUGCACCCAGCCUUCAGGGAUUUUUUUUUUCUAGAGGCUCUGAAGAGGCAGGACUUCUGGCACUUCCCCCUCCCCAUCUGAGAGGUGGGAGCAGCUUUUAGGACCAUGACACUGACUCCUAGGUCACUUGCAGGAUUUUGAAGGAAAGGAUUCUAAAAAAUAUUAAACACAACACCUCUCAGCCGCAUCAAUUGCAAUUUAGCUGCUUCUGCAUCAACCUGGCUUCUCCAUGAAGGAAUAGUUCAGCUCCGACUCUAUCCAGAGGCAAAAAGCUGUGAAAAUCUGGGGGUCUUAAGUUAUAGUCAUCCUGUAUGGCAAAUGGGGAAUUAAAGAGAAGUCAUGACUAGGAUCCAGCUUCCCAUGAUCCUCUUCGUUCCUACCUUCAAAGGCUAAUAAAGGAUAACCCUAGGUCUGGGUCCUGCUUGUUUCUCGGAACUUUAACUAAUACAAAAUAAUAGUAUUUGGCUUCUCUUGUAUUCUGUGCUGGGGGAUGGGAGUGAGUAAGAUGGGGGAAAUCUCUGGAAUCCAGAAAUGUGUCAAGCUUUCAGGAGCCUACUUUAGAGCUGUUUCUUAAAAAGAUCUUGGCUUGGCUAGUCAGACUUUGUUACCAGAUUCCUGGGCUGAGAGUAAGGAACAUAAAGUCCCUUCUUCCUCAGAGCCUUCAAGCAGUAGUAAACUUAGAAUCUGAGCUCUACUAAAGGGUUUUUUUUUGCCUUGAAUGAGGAGGAGGAAGCUGCUGUCCUGUUAUCUCACUAGUCUGAACAAAAUCCUGCUUCACUUAGUAGAGGAUCUUGCAAUCUGAGAUCUCCAAUUCUCCAGGAGUUCGGUGAUACUCCCCAUCCCAAACCCAAGGAAAUGCUUUGUUUUCCCACCAUCUCUGACCAGUCUAUUCUGAGUCUCCAAGGCAUGACUUUUUCUGUCUGAAGGAAUCAUCCUCUCUAUAGGAAAAAAAAACAAAAAAAUUAUAUUGUUGCUAAUUUU